AUGCAAAUUAAACAAUUGUUCGAGAUCAUAGAGGAAAACAAGAAAAUUUUGUCAUUUCGUGGAAUGUUCAUGAAUCGAGCCCCAGACAUUAUGCAGACUGUGUGGAGAGUUGGUUCUCAUGCUAGAAGUCGCUCACAAACAGAAUUAAUUGAUGUCAAUUCUUAUUGCCAUCAUCGCAAUCAUUACCGAAGGUUCGUUCCGAUGCACAGCUUGACAUAUUGUACCACUAAACAUCUUAUGAUGUGCAAUGUUAAACCUUCAACAUAUUUACUCAGAUAUUUAAUAGUAAACUUUAAUCGUUUAAUUGAUUUAGUUUCACAACACUUUGAUGCAUCGCCGUAUUUAUCUGCCCGAUCUAUAAAUAAUCACUUUCACAUGAAAAUCGUUUGUACAAAGCAACAUGCAGUAGCUGGUAGUAAAAAAAAUACUACUCCAGUUUCUUCACCAUCAGGUUAA